AUGAGGAUGCUCGCCCCCUUCUCCGCGCCCCUGCGGUCCUCGCAGUCGCUCCUCAAGCCUCCGGGGGGCACCACAUGCAGCCACCCCACCUGCAUGCAUCUCUCCCUGCACCCCGGGCCCAUCCGCCAGGCGGUGCCAUUCGGCCGCAGCCGGCAGUGGCUCGCGGCCACACGACGGCGCCAGGCAAGGAUCUCGAAAAUUGGCGGUGGGGCAUUGAGGGGGGAUGGCGGAAGAGAAGGGGGAGCAUUUGAUGAAGGGCGGCAGGCGGGGCCGAUGGGCGGCGACGGGGGCCCUAGCCCAGGCGACGAGUUUGGAAAUCUUUCCAGCCUGACCAAGGCGCUCAUCACUGGGGCGUUCGUCAUGGGGCUGGGAGCUGGUGUGUAUUUUGCCUCCGAGGUGUCCGUGGAGCCCAGCAACGUGGCGUCAACGGAGAUCGUGGACAGGCGGACGCCCAACUCGGAGCUGUGCAUGGCCAACGGAUACAGCUCCAUGGUCUUCGACCAGAGGAUAUUCGUGUCGUUCAAUCCGUUCAAUGUCUACGUUGCCCAGCCAGAAGUGAAGCCAGGAUGUAUCUUGAGGAGAAGCAACUUUAGAGUGCUGGAGGGGAGGAGUUUGGUAUCAAGGGAUGAAGUGGAGUCCUGCAAGAAGAACAUGAACACCUUUGCAUAUGUUGGGGAUCUCAACCGCCAACCGGAGGUGUCAUGUGUAUACCACAGCGAAGAGGCGGAGAACCAGUUCAUCCUGGACCCCAAGAAGGCUGUCAUGGGCGAUGGCUUUCAGCCACGCUAG